UAAAUGCUGCGCUGCGCAGCAAAGAAAUAAAGUCCGUUAUUAGCGCAUUUGUACUAGAGUAGGACUUAAAUUUUGUUUCAAACGUUCAGUACCAAUUGUGAAACUGCCUUAAAAAAUACAAGUCUGUAAUUGACCUAAAUAACGAGCACUUAACAGGAAUAAAAUAUGGAGACAAGUGUGGUCGAAUCAUUCGGGAGCGAUUGUGAAUAUGACUAUUCUGCCAAGGAUUUAAUUGGUAUGGGUUCGUUCGGCCGAGUUUACAAAGCAAAACUCACGAAUCUCAGUAAUGAAUUAAUCGGAAAAAGUGGACUUGCCGUGAAAAUUAUAAAUUUGGAUAAAGAUACCGAUUUGCUCACCGACCCGAAGAAGCGAUCAGAUUUAAUCGAACGAUGGAAAAAAGUGCUGUACGAACUGAAGCACGACCAUCUGGUUCAGUAUCAUAAAGUAUCGCUUAUCACCGCGGUGGGCGGCAUCACCAUAGAGUUUCUGAUGGAUUAUUACAAAGAUGAUACUCUAAGGGUGCUGCUAGACAACAGGGAAAAGAGUAAGAAAUUGCUGAAAGAAAAAACGGUUGUGUGCCAUGCAGUGCAGAUAUCUGAUGCAUUAGCAUUUCUCCACCAGAAUCGCACAAUCCACGGUGAUCUGAAGCCAAGUAACGUGCUGGUCAAGCGUCGCCAACACAAUCAUGAUCAUUUAGUAAUCAGCGAUCUGGAUGAUCUGGUGGUGAUGCAGCAAGGCUCCACCAAGCCUCACGACAUUGCUACUUUGAAAGCCAGUAUCCGCUACAUGUCACCGGAAAUGCUGAAAAAGUUUGGUCUCGUGGACGAGAAGCUCCCGCAAACCCCGGGACGAAUGACCGACAUCUGGAGCUUUGGAUGUAUUCUUAUAGACUUAUUGAACCACUGCUUUGGUAUCAGAGAAAAACUCCUUGUUCGAACCGAUGUGGAGACAUCCGCUCUGGAGUAUUAUGAAGUGCAGGAUACCACCACGCCCAGCAUGUUUGCCACCAAGAUCAUUGAUGGCUACGUUCCAGUUGUCAACGAGAAAAUUUCGCCAGACUUCGGAGACCUUGUUCAACACUGUCUCAAUGUGCACAGUAAACAGCGACCACUGGCAGAAGACGUCAAAACAGCACUACUCCGCAUACGAGGGAGACUGGUACCAAACGAGCAGGAGAAGGAAGCGUUGCAGCCGUGUAUCUGCAGCGUUCCCUAGCCAGAUGGAAACGAAUAAUGUAAAGUAGCCGCCAAGCGCGUUUACGACAACGACAGUUGACGAAUCGAUCGAUGCCCGUUAUCUUUAAAUUUGUAAACCUGGCACAAACACAAAAGUUAUUGUAUACUUUGCUUUUCAGAACUUCUUGAUCUUGUCUUGAGACAUCAGCGAUUGAUGCUUCUGUUAUGACCCUUCUAAAUCCAAUGCAACCUAGUGCACAGUAUCACAGGCGUAACACAUAUUCGGCGUAAUAAAAAACCCGCGAACCUUAUCGAACUCAUAAUAAUUUACUGAAUACAAGUGCACAUAGGCUAAUCAACA